AUGACCAUGGCAGUCUCACAAAGGAAUCAUGUAAACUACGAGGACUACAUGUUCGCUGUAGACCAGAUCAUAUCACCAAGCUCAGACCCCGAGUCCAUCGACCAGCUGAUCCUUGUUUUGAAGGACGCUACUAACACGAAACGAACCGCAACCCUUUUCCAGGCCCUGAGCGAGUAUUCUGACAGCCGCGAGACUGAUAUCGAGAGGAUCGGUCUGACAAGGCAUGAAGAGUUCCUCGGAUCCGUCAACCAACUCCAGCGUAUCCGGGAGGACACCCUCGUGCUGACGGAUGAGAUUUUGAAUUUAAAUCAGUCAAUACAGUCUAGUACUGAAAAACUAGCCGAACAGAAACAGGCGCUUGUAAACACACGAGCCAUUAGGCAGAAUAUCAUUGACGCUUCUGAUGCUCUGCGAGAAUCACUGAGUAUUCUACACGCUGUUAACCAGGCCCAUGACUUGGUUAGGAAGAAGAAGUACUAUGCUGCCCUUAAGUCUUUGGAUGAUCUCCAGAACGAGCAUCUUCUUCCUACGAUUCAGAAUAAAUACGCCACGCAACAAAAGCUGGCUGAUAUUAUUCAAAAAUCCAUCCCCGUCUCGCAAAAACUCAUUUCAGAGGCGGUAAUGACGGACUUGAACACUUGGCUAUUUCGAAUAAGAGAAACGUCACAGUUUCUUGGGGAAGUUGCGUUUUAUCAUACUGAGUUACGAAGAACGAGGCAGCGAAAGCGGGUCGACGAGGAUAACUUCAUGUCGAACUUCAAACUCAAUUCUGCGAUCGGGUUGGUCUCCGAUGAGUCAGAGGAAUUCGAUGUCAUUGAUAAUGAGGAACUCCAAGUUGAUUUUACACCUUUAUUCGAAUGCCUGCACAUAUAUGAGGCCCUUGGCCAAAGUGAUAAAUUUCGCUCAGAAUACUCGGCGACUCGGCGACAGCAAAAAGAUUUGCUCUUACCAACUAGUGUGAGCCUGCUUGAGGAUGACGAGGCGUCCCUGAGUAGUCUUUUAGAAGGAAUUGCCGGUUUCGCUAUCAUUGAGAAGGCAACUAUGCGACGAGCUCCUCAGCUUCGCUCUGCGGUGGACGUGGAGGAGUUGUGGGAUUCUAUGUGCCAGGCUGCAGUUCACCUCACCUCGAAGGCACUUAACGAUAUCACCGAUGCGGAGGUGCUUCUCAAGAUCAAGGGUUUCAUAUCUCUGUUCAUUCAGACAAUGGAGGGAUGGGGCUAUUCCGUGUCAAUGCUUGACACAUUCCUACUUGCCCUUUUUAGCAAAUAUGCCGAACUCCUAAAACGAAGGUUUAGUGAAGAUUUCCAAGAGAUCGUCUCGACUGAUGAUUACAUGCCCAUGACUAUCCAGUCCGAAGGUGAAUAUGAGAAGGUGGUGAAUGUAAGCUGGUUCGCACAAGAGAAGCCAAUAAGUGAACUUAGCUUCCCUUGUGUUUUACCCUUCUCUCAGAUGUACCCGCUGUGCUGCAUCGACAUCCGCAACUUUCUCAAUCAGUUCUAUUUCUUCUCCGAUGACCACUUUCAACACCCCAACACUAUUGACGAGACGCUUCGAAAGGCCCUGGACGAGCUACUAGUUGACAAAGUCUGCAAAUCGCUUGUAGAGAGGCUCAGUUCACAAUAUCUUGGGCAAAUAGUCCAGAUUUUGAUAAAUUUGGAGCACUUUGAGCGAAUCUUUGAACUCGUCAACUCGAAGAUUGACGAUCUUGUGGAUACAUCGGAAUAUGAUUGGCUGGCGAUAGCGGCUCCGACGGAGACUAGUGGUUACAUGCACACAUUAACCGUAUACUUAGAGAACAUCAUGAACUCAACCCUUCUGGGGCUGCCCCGAGAAAUUAAGGAGCUCAUAUACUUUGAUGCUCUGAGUCAUGCGGCAAAUAAGAUAUUAGCUCUCCCAUUAUCGCCCGAGGUGAAACACAUCAACCCCCAUGGUGUAGCGGCAUUAGCGAAGGACGUCCAGUAUCUUACGGCAUUUGUCGACCACCUCGAGAAUGGCGAAAUGUUAAAAGAGAAUUUAGAUGAACUACAGCAAACCAUCAACCUGAUGCAAUCUGACAAUCAUGAUGAAUUCUUCGACGUUUCAACGCGGAAUAAGAAAUACGGACGCGUAGAUGCAAUGAAUGGACCAAUAUUACUGGAAAAACUCACUUCAACGGUACAAGGUCCAAGUCGAGCAGCAGCCCUUGCUAAUUUUUCAUCACGCUUCGGUAUGAAGUAG